UAGUUGCGUGCGGUAUUACGAACAUUGCGUGUACACACCGCUGGUUUAGCAACGUAACGGUGACGUAGUUGUGUGCGGUAUUACGAACAUUGCGUACGCACACUGCUGGUUUAGUAACGUAACAAUGGCGGACACGGAGCAAAAUGAAGCAGACUCCGCUCAGCUGCACCAGGAGGCCGUCGAUAAGAAACAAGCUGAUGGCGAAGGUGAGCCCUCAACUGAUGACGUUUCCAACAAGGCAGCAGAGAAUGAAGCAGACAGCGACACCAAACCCUCCACCACUACUGACCGACACAUCUCCAUCCAAACCAAACUGGAAGAUCUUGAGAUGCUGGUGGACCUCAAUGGUGCAGGACGUAAGUCCUGUCCCCUGUGUCCGGAGGAGAAGUUUAAAGCGUGUUACAACCACAAGCUGCGGAGACACCUGCAUAACCUCCACUGGAAGGUCUAUGUGGAAUUUGAAGGCCAGAAGAUGUGCAUCUGCCAUCUGCCUUGUAGAAAUCCAAAACCAAGCCUGAGUGGAGAGCAGGUGUCGGGGAGACACGUGGCCCACUACCACUGUGUCGUGUGUUCGGUCACCAUCGCACGCAAGACGGACAUGGUCAGCCAUUUGAAACGCCACAUCAACAAGGGAGAGACAAAGUCCAGCUACCCGGGCAGUUUGGAUGUUCUGCUGGAAGAGCCCGCAUCAUCUGGUCAGGUGUAUGAAAUCAUGAAAGAACUGGACACAAAUGUGCAGCUGCUUCCAAUGUACAACACUCCUCAGAAAAGUGACACGUACUUCAACCGCAAGAUGAAGAGCAACAGACAGCUGGUGUUCUGCUCGCUGGCAGCUCUGGCUAAAGAGAGGAACCAUCUGGAGUGUUUAGACGCUUUCGGAGCCACAGGUAUCGCAGGCUUGCAGUGGGCCAAGCAUCUUCACAACGCAGUGAAAGUGACCAUUACGGAUAUCAGUGAGACCUGUGUGAAAAUGAUCAAAGAAAACUGCCAACUCAAUCAAAUCCAGGUGGACAGAAGUUCGGAAGGACCAGAUUGUUGUGAGGAGGCUCCGGGUGAAGUUGAAGGAGAAGGCGUCACGGCGGUGGAAGUGGUCAAGAUGGACGCCAAUGUCAUGAUGCACUUGCGGGCCUUUGACUACAUUCACUUGGAUCCCUUCGGCACUGCCGUCAAUUACUUGGACGCUGCUUUCAGAAAUGUCCGAAACAUGGGCAUCGUCUCGGUGACGUCCACCGACACCGGGUCGCUGUACGCUAAGUCGCCCAAUGUCACCCUCCGACACUACAGUACUCACAUCGUGCGCACGGAGUACUUCAAAGAGCUGGCUGCACGCAUCGUUCUCGCCACAGUGGCUCGAGCAGCUGCCCGCUGUAACAAAGGCAUCGAUGUGCUGCUGGCGGUGGCACUGGAGCAUUUCGUCUUGGUGGUGGUUCGAGUCCUCCGAGGUCCCACGCAAGCUGAUGAGUCGGCAAAGAAGCUGAAGAAACUAGUCCACUGUCAGUGGUGUGAGGAACGAAUCUUCCUCAAACAAGGCAACCUGGUGGACGGAACGUUGCCAUGCAAGUGUCAUGGAAGCCUGCCUGGAAAGACGGCCGUGCAGCUGGGACCGUUAUGGUCCGGCGCUCUGUUCAACACGGGCUUCCUGAGGAAGAUGCUGUUGGCGGCCACGCAGCACAACAUGGACAACAUCCAGACGCUGGUCAAAACUCUGAUUUGUGAGUCCGAGUGCACCACCCUGAAGCCAGUGAUCCACGGAGCGCCUGCGCUCAUCAACCAGGGUAAAAAAACCAACAUCCUCUCACCCAUUGACAUCCUGAUUCACCUGUGUGGGUGUGACCUGGCAGUCGAGUGUGGCGUCAUCAUUAGGACCUUGCAGAGUGAGGAGGAGGCGUGUCCUGCUGACUCGUCCGGAAAGAGGAAAGCGGGCGAGGAGUCAAGCAACGCUGUAAAGAAGCUCAAGCCUGACGCGUCCCUGGAACAUCCGCCAUUUUACUACAGCAUCCAUCGCCACAGCAUGCGUGGCAUGAACAUGCCCAAGUUAAAUAAGUUCCUCCAGUACCUGAGAGAAGCUGGUUUCAGGGUGAGUCGCACUCACUUCGACCCAACUGGGGUUCGAACAGAUGCCACGCUGGAGGAGUUUAAGUCCGUCCUGAGCAAGUACAGCAUUCCCUCGUGUCCCAGCCAGGUUUGUGCCGCUCAGGCGAGUGUCAGCUAAAACUCCACAAUGUGAACGACUCAUAGAUUUUUACUUUAGAUUUUUUAGCACGUUAGCACAUUUGAAGAAAAGCCAUUGACGUACGAUCAGUACUAAAGUCCUAAACGUGUUUGGUUUUUUGCGUCCCUGGCAAGCACUGACUCUCAGAGCAUUGAGUUGAUGGCAACUGGAAUGUUCGGAUUGUCCUGGAAAACGUUUCGCCUCUGAUCCCAGCAGGCUUUAUCGGUUCAUGCUCACAGACUUAGAUUGGACGGAUGGCGUCUGGGCGCUUGAUCCCAAGUAUUUAUCCUCGACAGGAGCAACUUUCCCCGAAAAGAAUGAUUUUGCUUGGGAACUGUAAGCUAGUUCAAUCCCGAUUCUGUGAGCGUAAACUGAUGAAGCCUGUUUGAAUUAAAACGUCGAAGACAAGUUGACAUCCAUUCAAUGGCUAAUGUGGAUGAAUGACAAUAUUCAGACAUAAGCUCACCUAAUUGAUUCAUGUUCCUGUUUAAAAAAUAGUUUUGUAUUUUGUUAUGUCAUAACAUAUUUUUGCUUCAUGAUAAUAAAAUGGUUGUGCAAAACCUUUUAGUUUGUUUGAACUCAGCAGCACCUGACAGGUUUCUCCGGCGACAUCAGAUAAUGACUGCGUACUCGGGUCCAAGAGUGUGAUCUAGUUCUGAAUACAUGUAGCUCUACAGCCUGAAUAAGCCCUACUGCUAAAACUGUUAACAACACUCCAAUGUCUGCUAACUAAAAAGGGAUAACAUUUUGGUUUUUUUACAUGAAGGAUCAAUGUAGGUCAGGGAUGUCAAACUGGUUUUCAUUGAGGGCCACAUCAGAGGGCCGUUUGUAACCGUGAAUAAUCUAUGAAUAUGCAUCUGGAUUUCAUUAUUAAUUAUAUCAAUUGUUUUAAGUAGACUGUCCAUUUUACAGUAAAAACUUGACAUUUACAGAAAAAGCUGGCAGCUUUGUUGCCAGAAUUUUAAA